CGGAAAACAUUUUGAAAACGGAGUUUUUUUGGAAACGAUGACGUGACGAGAAUCAUGUUCAAGUUUUUUCGGCGUUGGAGUGGACAGAAAACAUUUGAUGCGUUUUCAGAGUGAAAUCACCGUUUUCAAAUUUCUCCGGCGAAUUGUGGACGGGGCGUAAAAAAAAAGUCUUCAUGAUCUGCAAGUUCUCGUGAGCGGUCAUGGGCUCAUGUUUGCGUCCAGAAGGAAAGUUUCAGUAUUCAACCAGUCUUUGUCAAAUCUUUGUGCCCAUUUAUACACCUCUAUGGAGAAAGGCACUGUAAUAUGUAAUACUGUGAGACUCGAGUGUCAUUCUCGAGAGCAAAAAAAAGUGUAGCGUAGAGAACCAAACGCGUAGCUGGCGGGCUUUCGCGCGCGAGUGCGCAGCUUGGCUGCUAACAAAUAUAGCUAUAAACAUGAUGAAAGAGGACACUAGCAUGUAUUACAGUUAUAAUCAUUCUCGGCAUUUUAAAUUACUCUCACAUUGUUCUUCUUCAUUGAAAGACCAAGUAAUCUGAUCAAAACAAUAGCCACGCAUCCCAUUGUUUAAUAAACCAAUCAUACAAGCAAGCGUCUCCUUGGCAAAAUUUAUGUUUAUUAUGAAUUGCGCUGUGUAGCUGACUGCCUGACCGGAUGUACGCGAGAGAAGUUGCAAAACUUCAACUCCACUGAAACUAUUCGAGAAAGUUACGAUGUAGUUUGAAACAAAUUCCGUCAAUCGAGCGCGAAGACUUCGGCAGAAGAAUGACCACUGCGCUGCAACAAGGACUGUACAAGGAACAUCAAGGUGUCGACUACUUGUCAAGGAAUUUCGAAUCGCAUUUUCUUCAUACUCCACAGUACCAUGACAGGAUUACUGUAUCUCAGGAUCACUUCGACCGUUAUCUGUCACAGACGAACAGGUCACCGAAGGUGCCAUGGGGCCGCAGUCUAAGCUAUGGUGGCUUCGGUCCCAUUCAGCUACCCAAGGAGUAUCGGCCCAAGCAGGAGCCCCCCACCCGGGUACAGAAGGGACACAGGCACUAUGGAGGGGGUGUGAUGCCAUUUCCACGUGGUAUUCCUAUUGAGCAGUAUUACGACCUUACUUUAUUAAAGAAGAGUAACCUGCGAACAAACGAUGAAUUGGUUCCAAGUCCAGAGAAGUCGGAAAUGGGGAAAAUUCAAAUCCCUUUGGGAUUCCCAUCAGAGCAUCCUUAUACCUCACACAUGCCUAAGUUCCAAGUGUUUCCUUCACUCGAGUCCCCGGAUGACAUCAGGAAAGGAAAACAAGCUGUCAUGCUUCAACCCACCCUACCCCCCACAGCCCCAGCCUCGGCUCCAGAUCCAAGCGUACUUGAGAAAACCAAGGGCCAUUUUGACCGGAGGGAAAUGGUGUCGGUACAGAGAGAGUCAGAAAGGAAGCCUUUGGUUUGGCCGGAACAUAACCUUCUUCAGCUGGUAAAGGGCCCGAACUUACAGAGACAAAACUACUACCCCACUCCUCCCACGUCGGUCGUGCCCAACACCCCUAACAGAGAUUCGUCGCUGGCAGUGACCCCCCGGACGGCCAACGCCUUGUAUAAUGUACAGCGGAGCUACUGGCAGACGCAUUACCAAGAACAGUUCACCGGCAACGGACCGCAAAACAUUCUUAAACUGGACAACUUUGACGAGAUCUGCAGGGGGGAGGACGACACACUGAAAGAACAUUUCAAGAAUGAGUUCGAGUCCCCGCGGCCACUGGAGGGACGGCACACUGAAGUAAGAAAGAAAACAAAAAAAAAGAAAAAGGUGAUUGUGGGACAUGGUACGGAACUGUGGCUGACAGACAGCGAGGACGAAGGAGAAGAAGAUUCCAGGGAAAAGUCUAUCAAGAAAACUCAUGGCAAUUGCUUUGUGAGUGGAGAACUCUUAGAUUUGACCACGGGUCCUAAAUAUAGCAAUGGAUACUUGCAGAACAACUUGAUCCAUCCGAGCGGCGAGUAUUCUGAUGUGCACGCUUUCACCCUCGCUCAUCCACACUUGUACUAUUCAUCCAUCACUAAUCACAUGAAUUCAAAACAUUUCAGUGAGCUAUCCAGACCUGUUACGGCACCUGAGGUUACCAAGCGACCUCCAUCUCCCAUAGUGAAUAACAUGCCAAGCCAAGUUUCCGAUCAGGCGAAGACAGGCUCGACCAAUAGCGACUUGUACCCGAAGUGGUUUCGAUCAGCCAAGCUCGGAGAGACCAGGCCGAGUACAGCGCUUCUCAAUUUGCAGAACAGCUGGAGUAAAACCGAAGCUCGUCGACGAUUUCACGAGCAGUUUCCCGAAGGCGCGCCAGACAUUCGUCGGAAACCAGAUAUACGGAUAACGACCAAUGAGAGGAGACAUGUUAUUCCAGAAACUGGCAUUCACGUUUAUUAUUUUCAUCGAUGAAAAGGAGGCUGAAAUCUUUGAAAAAAUUAAAAUGCUGGCGAUGAACCUUAAAUGAACAAGGAACGUUUUUCUCUGUCAGUACUGCUUCGUUUUUGCCUUAAGUUAUGUGCCAGCACAGUAAGAAGCUUUCAAUCAGUUUUUUUUUUUGUACUUCGUGACAAAGAUAGGUAAAAUUACAAAAGGACGGUACUCGAUUAUUUAUUUGUGGCAUUAUUUAGAUAAUUUGUGUGUAUCGCAAGAAGAAGAUUGAUGAAAUACAGUGUAACAUAUUACAAGCC